AGGACGAAUGAAAGCUGAAAAUGAAUGGACCUAUUGUUUGAUGCUUGCCAGAGCUAGAUGGAGGUUGCUGUUCAAGUCCUGUACAUGUGUGUCUUCCUUGCUUUAUCCUCAUGCAGCUUGCUGUGCAGAUCAAGCGCCCGAGUCACGUUGUCUGACAACCAGUUUCUUCAUCGACAUCGACAUCUCAGCAUCACAUCUGGUAGUCCUGUUAUCAAGAGAGCCCGCAUUUCUAUCGUUCUUCACCCACCCUUAUCUCCAUCGCCUGCAAGACAUAUCUCUGAGACUCGGAGACGUCCAUCCCACUUCACUGCGCUGUCUUCUCUAGCUCGUCUCAAUGACUCGAUCAUCAAGCAGGAACGCACCAGUACUACUUGGAUUCUUGAACAUCUUUUCCUCGUGCGAAUCAGAAGACAGCGUCAACUUCCGACUGCCUACUGGACUUCAGGAACCUGUCAAGCGCUAUC